GAACCCGCAUGUGAGAUUGAUAUCAAAAAGUUUGUGAAGGAGACGUUCGAUUACGAGCCGGAGUUAUAUGCAAAGGUGAAGGUGAAUGGUGAUGACGCUGACCCAUUUUGGAAGUUUUUGAAAACGGAGCAGCAUGGUACUCUGAUUGACGCUAUUAAGUGGAAUUUCACAAAGUUUUUAGUGGAUCGGAAGGGCCAUGUAGUUAAGAGAUUCGCUCCAACGACGUCACCAAGUGGGAUGACUGCCGAUAUCGAGAAGCUGCUUGCAGAAUCUCCAUGA